AUGGUCGAGUACAAUCGCAGUAGCUUAAGAAAGCAUCAGAAGCCAGCCGUGCUUAGGUGCCAAAACUACAGCAUUGACGACGUGAUAAACUAUAAGAGGGAACAUGCCAUGCUGUACGUGCCGUUUCGUAAAGAAUUAGACAUUCUGGAUGGCAAUGCCUUUGAGAAAAUGCUUGACGAUAACAAAAAAGCCAUUAUGGAAAUUAAACAGAGGUACUCUGCUGGUGUAACCGUUUCGGAGUUGAUUUCGGCUUGUGAGGUGGUUGGCCGUUCGGAAGCAAAUCACACAGAGGAAGUGGAACAACCGGAAGAGAGGCCGUCUAUGGUGCCGACCUUGGUGGACAUGAACGAUAAUUCAGACUCCGUCCCCGAGGAAGUGACGACGAAAAUGCAACAGAAGGUGGUUGCAGCCACGUACCCUGGAGUCCACCGUAGAGACUACGUUAUGCCGUUAAGCGAUUUCUACGCGAGCAUGAGGCUGCUUAACGAACAGAAGGCAUCGUUGAUACGGGAAGUGAUACAUCGCGUUACUGACCGAACGACUAAACCGCUGCAGAUCUUCUUUACCGGGCCUGCUGGCUGUGGUAAGACCUUCACGUUGUGCCUCAUCAUGGACGUUUACAACCGUUACUGUCGUAACCAUACCAUCUCGUAUGGGGAUGGUCAGGGAAACAGUGUGGUCAAUGCGUACGUAGCCUGUGCAACAACCAGUAAAGUUGCCAUUGCGUUGAACGGCGUUACUGUACAUUCGGCAUUCAAGAUCGUUAUGACCAACAGGAGGGAGGAGUGGGGACUUACAUCAAGUGAUUUGAAUACGUUUCGGAUGCUGUUUCGCGACAUGAAGUGCAUCAUUGUGGAUGAGGUGAGCAUGCUGUCGUCGGACCUUCUCAGACAUAUGGACUUGAGAGAAAUCAGGGCUUCAAAAAUGACGGAGCCGUUCGGAGGGUUCGACGUAAUCUUCUGCGGGGACCUUAGGCAGCUCCCUUUGGUGCGAGCAAGUGAGAUAUACAAGAGACCGCGGAGCGGCGGAAGUGUCUACAGUAACUCCGUGCUCCCCUGGCACCGCCUCUCAUACUUCCCUUUAACCGAAGUGGUCAGACAGAGCUUCUCGGGUCUCCUCACCAAGAUAGGCGACGGAAAGGAGUUGAACGGUGACGAGAUUUGUGUGCUUACCGAUCAUUUUGUCAUUCGUGAACAGGCUGCUAUACAGUGCCCCAUGGCAGUCCGUCUCUUCUUCAGUAAGGACGUCGACGUCCAUAAUACGAUGGUUGCUGAGUCUUGUGAAUACAAGCAUGACAGUGUCGCCAUACACGUGGUGACUGGUCAUCGGAGCAGACAAAAGGUACGUGAGGCCCUCGCGAGAAUCCGAUACCUCAGUCGUGCAGAGAGUGGCAACCUGCCAUCUGUGGGGACGUUCUGUACGAAACGGCCGUAUAUGCUGCUGAAGAACAUUGAUGUCACAGAUAGCUUGGUGAACGGCAUGGUCGUUACGCUAUUGGAAGUGUAG